CCGAUAAAAAGACGUAAACAAACGACCCAAGACCCAGACCGAGACCAAGAUGGCGGCGGGGCGGCAGGUUCAGUAGAAAAAGUGUUCAUAUUUUUGCAUUUCCCCGGCGUAUCCUUCACCCCCUGACCACCACCGGGAUCCUGCAGGAGUAGGAGAGGCUGGGGCAUAUCCUGCGUCAAGGUCAUCAAGGUCAGAGGUCACCAGCAUGAGGAACCUUCACCUCAUUGACCACCGCCGCCGUGUCGUCGCCGCGCCCGUGCCCAGCGAUGCCGUGCUGUGUGUGGACCCGGUCACCAGCGAUGCGUACAUGGUGCACACAGAGGGCGUACACUGCUUGACCCAGAGUCCUUCCACCCCCCCUCCACUCCUCUGGGCGGACCACGGCAUCCACACUUCAGAGGUGGUCGCGGCAGAGUGCAUCAGCCUGGCCAGCAGCGGAGAGCCGGCCCUCAGCGUGGCCAUGGCGGAGGGCCAGCUGCUGAUGGUUACGAUGGACCAGGGGGAGGUUGAGGUGGUGGGUGAAGUGGCGGCUGGUCUGGGAGCCGCCAAGUGGAGCCCCGACCAGGAGAUCCUCAUCCUGGUCACCCGCUCAGCCGCCAUCCUCAUGAUGACCGCCAUGUUCGAUGUCUUCGCGGAGUGCCCCCUUGAAGCCGCCACCCCCGCCAGUACCCCGGUGGCCUUGGGCUGGGGGCGGAAGGAGACUCAGUUCCACGGGUCGGAGGGGAAGGCGGCGGCGGCUCGGGCGGCUACAGCAGGGAAAUCCGAGCCUCGCCCCGCCCCGGACUGGGACUCGGGGCGGCCACGGGUCAGCUGGCGGGGCGACGGGGAAAUGUUCGCAGUGGGGCACUUUGUCGGGGAAACACGUAUCAGACGCGUUACGAUCAUGACCAAGGAAGGGGAGGUCCAUUCUGUCAGUGAGGAUCUUGACCCCCUGGAGCCGCCGUUAGCGUGGCGGCCGGGGCGGGGCGGUGGUGGCGGGGGCGGGGCGGCUAUCACCACCACCCACACCUCCGCCACGAAACACCAAGUCGCGUUUAUCGAAAAGAAUGGACUUAAACAUGGCGGCUUUCCCCUUCCGUUCCCCCCGGGGCGGAUGGCGGCAGUGGAGGUGGCGUGGAGCCCCGACGGAUUGGUGCUGGCGGUGUGGGGGCGGCCGCUGAGGGUGGAGGAGGAGGAGGAGGUGGUUCAGUUGUGGAUGUGUGGAAACUACUAUUGGUAUUUGAAAAGGGAGAUUAGAUUUGGAGGAAGAGGAGGAGGAGGAGGAGGAGGGAGGAAGAUUGAGGAAGAAGGAGGAAAGACAGAAGGACAAGAAGAGCCAGGAGGAGGAGGAGGAAAAGAAGAAGGAAGAGGAGGAGGAGGAGGAAGAGAAAAUGAAGAAAAAAUUGGAGGAGGAGGAGGAGGAGGAAGAGGAGAGAAUGUAGGAAAGGAGGAAGGAGGAAGAAUGAUAAAGGGAGGAGGAGGAGGAGGAGGAAGGGAGGUGCUUGUAGGCCUAUGCUGGUGUGAGGGGGGAGGAGCCGCCCCCUCCCCCCACACCCUCCACCUCCUCACCUCCCUCCACCACCACCGCCUGGCCUGGCUCCCCGCCCCCCACGCCUCCCCCGGCCUGGCCCCGCACGACCCAGCCGCCGCCGCCGUGGUGGACGGGGCGGCCCUGCUCAUCACACCCUUCCGCCAGGCCACCGUGCCCCCGCCCAUGGCCGCCCUCAAGGCCACCUUCCCAGAGACCAUCAACGGCCUGUGCUUCUGCCAGGCCGCCGCCACAGCCUCCGCCGAGGGGGAUGUGGACGACUCAGGGUUCCUGGAGGCCGCCGAGGAGGUUGGCGGGGCCGGGGGUGUGUGGGCCGGGGCAGUGUGUGUGCAGCACGGCCCCGACACCCUCACCAUCCUGGCCCCCGCCCCCGCACAGGACACCCCGGCCCCGGCUGCCGUCCCCGCCCAUCUCAGGUGUGUGGUGGAGGCCACCGGGGCGUGCGGGGCGGCGGUGCUGCCCUGGGGUGUGCUGGGGCAGGUGGUGGUGGAGUGGCCAGGGGGAGUGACGCCCCGUCCCAGCCAGGCCAGUGACCUGUACCACUGGUGCUGGCCCACCCGGGACACCCUGGCGGCCGUGUUCACCGCCGGGGCCGCCUGCUGCCUGGCCCUGCUGGACCUGCAGCUGGAGGGCGGCCGGGCCGUGGCCAGGCAAGUGGUGGUGCUGGAGGACUCGGUGCUGGCCCUGGCCGCCACGCCCACCCUGGCGGCCCUGCAGCUGGCCACGGGCAGCCUGGUGCAGGUGGAGCUGGGCAGCGGGGUGGUGGAGCCCCUGCUGGUGGACGGGGCGGAGGUGGUGCUGCCCGGGGCGUGCCAGCGCCUGGCCCUGUGCACCUUGGAGGGUGGGGCGGCCCCGCUGCCCCUGGCCCUCACCCAGCGGGGCCGCCUCUACCUGGGCCACCAGCAGCUGCUGGCGGACUGCACCUCCGUGCUGGUCCACGGCCGCCACCUGCUGGCCACCACCGCCACCCACACCCUGCUGGCUGCCCCGCUGGCUGCCCCGGCCCUGGCCAGACUGGGCCAGGCAGAGUCUGGGGUGCGGCGCAUGGAGCGUGGCGGCCGGCUGGUGGUGGCGGUGGCGGGGGACAGCCGGGUGGUGCUGCAGCUGCCCCGCGGGAACCUGGAGGUGGUGAGCCCACGCCCCCUGGUGGUGGCUGCCCUCACCCGCCUGCUGGCCGCCCACCAGUACGCGGCGGCCCUGGCCCUGGCCCGCCGCCACCGCCUGGACACCAACCUGCUCUACGACCACGACCCGGCCCACUUCCUGGCCGCCGCCCAGCCCUUCGUGGUGGACGUGGCGGACCCCCAGCGUCUGGACCUCUUCCUGGCGGCCCUCACCGAGGCCGACACCACCGCCGCCGCCUACGCCUUCCACUACCCCGGCCGGGCCACCACUGCCGGGCCCAGCGAGGGCAAGGUGGCCGCCGUGUGCGAGGCGCUGCGGGCGGCCAUGGCGGCCGUGGACGAGGAGCGUUACCGGCUGCCCAUCCUGACGUCCCUGGCCCAGGCGGGCCGCAUGGAGGAGGCGCUGGCCAGGCUGGGGGAGCGGCGGCGGCUGGAGGCGGCGGGGCAGGCCGAGGCGGGCGGGGCGGAGGAGGGCCUGCGCCACCUGCUGUACCUGGCGGACACGGAGGUGCUGUACCGCCUGGCCCUGGGCACCUACGACCUGGCCCUGGCCCUCAUGGUGGCCCAGCGCUCCCAGCGCGACCCCAAGGAGUUCCUGCCCCAGCUGCACGCCCUGGAGGCCCUGCCGGAGCCCCUGCGCCGCUGCAGGAUAGACGUGAUGCUUGGCCGCCACCGCCGGGCCAUCCGGGGCCUGGCGGCCAUGGCCGACCAUCGCCAGGAGCUGCUGGGGCUGGUGGAGGGCCGGGGCCUGCACGCCCUGGCCCUGCAGGAGCUGCCCCAGGGCUCGGAGGUCAAGGCCGCCGUGUGUGAGAGCUAUGCCCGUGUGCUGGCGGCCAAGGGGCGGCCCGGCGAGGCGGCCAUCAUGUUUGAACGCGCAGGAGAGUAUGCAGCGGCCCUGGAGACCUACCGGCAGGCCGGUGAGUGGCGCAUGGCCCUGGUGGCCGCUGCCAGGCUGGGUCUGGCCAAGGAGCGGCUGGUGGAGCUGUGCCACGGCCUGGCCGCCGAGCUGAAGGGCCGUGGCCAGCACGCCCAGGCCGCCACGCUGUAUGAGGAGCACCUGGGAGCCGAGGAGGAGGCCGUGGCCUGCCUGGCCGCCGCCGGGGCCUGGCUGGAUGGCCUGAGGCUGGCCCACAAGCACAGCCGCCAGGACCUGAUAGAGACCAACAUCCUGCCGGCCCUGCAGCAGGCCGCCGACGCCAUGAAGGCCGACAUCACGGAGCUGACGGAGACACUGGCCAGCCAGGCGGGGCGGCUGGCGGUGGUGAGGCAGGCCGGGGCGCAGCAGGCUGCCGCUGGCCCCGCCCCGGGCCUGGACGACGCCCCGCUGGACUGUGACCUGUACUCCGACACCAGCACCAUGUCCGGCCUGGACCACCGCCCCGGCCUGCCCCGCCGCCCCGCCUCCACCGCCUCCGCCUCCUCCCGCUCCCAGCGCUCCAGCCGCAGCCGCCGCAAGCUGGCGAGGAAGAAGUACAGCACCAAGCCGGGCAGCCCCCACGAGGACCUGGGGCUGGUGGCGGCCCUGCACCAGGCCUACACCGCCCUGGCCGCCCACGCCCAGACCCUGGCGGCCCUCACCGUGGCGCUGGUCACGCUGGGCCGCGACGCCCCGGCCGCCGCGCUGCAGGAACAGUUCACGGCGCUGCUCAAGUUGGCGGAGGGCAAGAAGGCCGAGAUUUGGCCGCCACUCACCCCGGCGGACCAGAGCGAGGUGGAGUUUGGACCGAACAUGACCACGGAAGCCGCCGUGCAGCAGAUGCAUGGCGGCCAGGCGGCGGCGGCGGGGGCGGCUGCUGCAUCCUACCUGGCCCAGCGCAUGGCCCAGCUCGACCCACACCUCCGCCAUGCACCGCCGCCCCCGCCGGACUCGUGGCGGCUGGGACUCCUGCACCCACACUACACGGGGGAGUGACCAACCCCCGCCCCGCCACACAGGCAGUCAGUGACCUCAUGACCCUCACCUCAGCCCUCACCUGCAAGCCUUGAAGGAGCACCAGUUUCAGCCGCAUGGACGCGCACACACACACACACACACACACACACACACACACGCGCGCACAUAAGCCGCCCAGUGUGUGCGUGUGUGUGUGUGUCAGGUAUAGAGUUGACGAGUUGACAGUGAACGGGAAUUUUUAUGUUAUUUAUGUUAAUGUUUAUUUUUUUGGGGUAGAUUCGGGAUUUCAGUUGGACGCCAGGAAUGAGUUUUGUUGUUGUUGUUGUUCUUGUUCUUCUUCCUCUUCCUCCUCUUCUUCCUCCUCUUCCUCCUCCUCUUCUUCCUCUUCUUCAAAUGCACAAACCAUGGAUUAGUUUUACUGUGAUCAUCUUUCUAAUUCUUCCUCCUCCUUCUGUCUUCUCUCCUUCCUUCCUUCUUCUUCUUCUUCUUCCUCCUCUUCCUCUUCCUCCCCUCUUCUUCUUCCUCUUCUUCAAACACACAUCAGGGCUCCAGUUUUGUCUCUCUUCUUCUUCUUCUUCCUCUUCUUUCCUCUCCUUCUCUCUCUUCCUCCUCCUUCUUACCUCUUCUCCUCCUCUUCCUCCUCCUCUUCCUCUUCUUCCUCUUCUUCAAAUGCACAAACCAUGGAUUAGUUUUACUGUGACCAUAUUUCUAAUUCUUCCUCCUCCUCCUCUUCUGCCUCUCCUCCUCUCUUCUCUCUUCCCUUCCAUCUCCUCUUCCUCCUUCUUACCUCUUCUCCUCUUCUUCUCCUCCUCUUCUGCCUCUCCUCCUCUCUUCUCUCUUCCCUUCCAUCUCCUCUUCCUCCUUCUUACCUCUUCUCCUCUUCUUCUCCUCCUCUUCUGCCUCUCCUCCUCUCUUCUCUCUUCCCUUCCAUCUCCUCUUCCUCCUUCU